GAAGAACCAAAUUAGAUUUUCCGUUGAGAAGAUCUCAGACCUUUGAAGAUUUUCUGGAAGGGCAUAGCACUCUCGAACACAUCAUGCACUGUGGCUCAGGCUGCUACUGUGGUAGGGGAUAAUGCAAAAAUGAAACGCUCGUAGGAGACACACAAAAAUACAAAAAUCGAGCUUCCACAGCGUUUGAAAAGCCGAUGUUUUCCCUUCUCGCCGGCGCUUACGAGUAUGUUGUCAGCCGACCGGAGAAGCGGUGCCUGUUUUUGGGUUUGGACUACGCGGGGAAGACCACGGUGAUGGAGCAGCUGAAAGCGGGUUUCGGGUUAAAGCACAUGGACUUGAGCAAGCUCCCUCCGACGAUCGGAUUCAAUGUCGCGAAGAUCUGCAUUUCCGGCGUGGACGCGAUUUUUUGGGAUCUGGGCGGCCACAAGAACUUUCGGGUCGUGUGGCAGAACUACUUUUCCGAGUGCGACGCGAUCGUGUUCGUCGUCGAUUCGGGGGACACAAAACGGCUGGAGGAGGCCAAGGAGGUGCUGGACACCGUGUUGAAGCACCCAUUGAUAUCAUCCGACAUCCCGAUCUUGAUUUUGGCGAACAAACAAGAUUUGCAAGGGGCCAUGAGUCUGCAGGAACUUGGACAGAAGCUCGAAACGAAACGGCUCGGUAUUGCUGACUGGUGCCAUCAGCUUGUUUACAUUUUCUCACUGGUGGUGGAGCUCCUCAAAUCAAAAUUUCCAUUUGGUACUAAGUACUCAUUUUUGUUUUUGUGUGGCCAGCACAAACACAAACUGACAACUUCUACAAUACAGAAACUGAACGCACGGCUGCAGUUCGUCUCCAGCCUUGCUCUGCGCUGAAAAACGACGGACUGGCGGAUGGCGUAAAAUGGCUGUUGGAAGAGACGCUGCGGAAUCCACGAGGUCCUCCUCUGGUCAGAUAGCGGAGAGAGUGCAGGCGAGAUGCAAAAAUCUGCAUCUUCCGAUUUUGCCCGGUGUGAACAACCAGGAGCGCCGUCCCCGCGAAAGAUGAGCCUGGGAAAGGCUUUGGUAAGUAGUACCCGAGGAUGAUCGAGGCGCAAGGCCGCAACGCUCGCGAAAGUGUUUGGUACAAUAACGCGGAAGGUUGUGGAUGCACGACGGGCGACUCACACCUUUGGUGGUGUUUUGUGAUAACCAGGACACGUCGCUACUACGGAAAAAUGGGGCAAAGGCGGAGUUGGAAAUCGGAGGCCGGAGACGGGAACAUUCGGCAGCGAUGUGUGAAACAGUUGUGCGCGCCGGAAAGGUGCGGCGGUAGCCAAGCUUGCGCUUGCCGGUAGCAUGGCAACUGGGUUUCGAAUAGGUGCUAGGAGUGCUCUACUGGCAAAGCAGUAAUUAAUCGCAUGCAAUGAUGUACCACUACCAAGUUUAGAAGAACAGAAAAUUACAGUGCCGGCACGCUGACUGUGACAGUUAUGAAACACAGAUCUGAAGAACACAAGAAGGAUUGUGGGUGCGCCCGAAGACUGAUCUAUUGUCAGAGAUAUUUCCC